UCGUUAAUCCCCUUAGCAACACAUAAACAAUGUCGUCGACAGGAGAUGCAAACGAAAAUGAAAACAAAAAGAAAGAUAAUCCAGAUUCUUUAGUGGCAGACAUACAGAAAAAAAUAACAGAUGCCUUUGAUAUAUUUGAUCAUGAAUCAAAUAAAACAGUUGAUGUAAGGGAGGUGAGUACCAUCAUAAGAUCCCUCAACUGCUGCCCCAGUGAAGCUGAGAUCCAUGACAUGCUUGCAGAGAUUGAAGAAGAGGAACCAACUGGGUAUAUUCGAUUUGAAAGAUUUCUUCCUAUGAUGACCAAAGUUUUAAUGGAAAGAAGGUAUAAAGCUUCACCCGAGGACCAGAUACUUAAAGCCUUCCAAGUGCUGGACGCUGACAUGAAAGGUUAUUUGACAGCUGAGGAGUUGACAAAAUUCAUGACAGAAGAAGGAGAACCAUUUACUCAAGAAGAAUUGGAAGAAAUGCUGUCUGCUGCUGUAGACCCAGAUAAGAAAAUAAUUUUGUACAAAGAGUAUGCUUCAGUUAUGGCAGUCGAUGAAACAUAGGUCCUAAGAAAAUGUGAUUUAACAGUUAAUGUGCAGCUGUGUUAUUCAUAAAAUAAAAUGGAAGACAGGAAAGACAAUUUACAUGUGACAAAAAUAAAUUUGAACAUAAGAUCUGGAUAUAACCAUGAAUGAUGCGUGGUCUAUGAUAUAACAACACAGUGUAUUUUUCUGUGCAUCAUUUGUUGGCCUGCUCCUUGUUUGUAUUAAGAUUUCCAUGAGUUGACUCUGUAAUAAACAUUUCAAAGCAGCU